GACGCGACCGCUGUCAGAGAGUUUAGUGUCUGGUGACACUAUCUUCUCUGCUCUGACAUCACGAGGUUCGAGAGUGUGCGGGACAGAAUCACUUUAUCAGUCAUGACGAACCCUUUUGCAAACAUUGUUGAGCAUCUGGACCACCAGAAGCCUGACCACAAGUUCUUCAACCUUAAAAAACUCGGAGACCCAAGAUAUGACCACCUGCCCUUCUCCAUCCGUGUGUUGCUGGAGUCUGCGGUUAGGAAUUGUGAUGGGUUCCUGGUGAAGGAGGUGGAUGUAGAGAACAUUCUUAACUGGAAGGUGACACAGAGUCAGACUGUGGAGGUACCUUUCAGACCAGCCCGGGUCAUCUUGCAAGACUUCACAGGGGUUCCUGCUGUGGUGGACUUUGCUGCCAUGCGAGAUGCAGUUAAGAAAUUACAAGGCGACCCGGAGAAGAUUAAUCCUGUUUGUCCUGCAGACCUUGUCAUAGAUCAUUCUAUUCAAGUUGACUUCAACAGAAAGUCUGACAGCGUUCACAAAAACCAAGAGCUUGAAUUCGAAAGGAACAGAGAACGGUUCGAGUUUUUAAAGUGGGGUUCUAAAGCAUUCAGGAACAUGCGGAUCAUUCCUCCAGGCUCAGGAAUAGUUCAUCAGGUCAAUCUUGAAUACCUGGCCAGGGUUGUGUUUGAUCGGGAUGGUUACUACUAUCCGGACAGUCUGGUGGGCACUGACUCCCACACGACCAUGAUUGAUGGGUUGGGGGUGCUGGGCUGGGGUGUGGGAGGUAUCGAAGCAGAGGCCGUCAUGUUGGGUCAACCAAUCAGCAUGGUGCUUCCAGAGGUCAUCGGUUACAAACUUCGGGGGACUCCUGACAAAUUUAUAACCUCUACUGACAUUGUGCUUACUGUCACCAAACACUUGCGGCAGGUUGGUGUGGUUGGGAAGUUUGUCGAGUUCUUUGGUCCUGGCGUCGCCCAACUGUCAAUCGCAGAUCGUGCCACCAUCGCAAACAUGUGCCCUGAAUAUGGAGCAACUGCGGCCUUCUUCCCCGUAGAUGAAGUCAGUGUGGAGUAUCUGAAGCAGACAGGGAGAGAUCUAGAGAAGCUGAGUUACAUUACUCAAUAUCUGAAAGCAGUGGGUAUGUUCAGAGACUACAGCAACACAGCGCAAGAUCCACAUUUCACUCAGGUGGUCGAGAUGGACCUCAGUACGGUCGUCCCCUGCUGCAGCGGUCCCAAGCGGCCUCAGGACAAAGUGGCUGUUUCGGAGAUGAAGCAGGACUUUUUAGCCUGUUUGGGGGCCAAGCAAGGCUUUAAAGGAUUCCAGGUUGCCCCGGAGCGACACAACGUUACCGUGCCGUUCCAGUUCAACGGGGCUGAGUAUUCUCUCUCACACGGAUCUGUGGUCAUCGCAGCUAUCACGAGCUGCACCAACACCAGCAACCCUUCAGUCAUGCUGGGAGCAGGUCUUUUGGCCAAGAAGGCUGUUGAGUGUGGUCUUACGGUCAAGCCGUACAUAAAGACCAGUCUGUCUCCUGGUAGUGGAGUGGUCACCUAUUACCUCAAAGAGAGUGGAGUCAUGGACUUUCUCUCGCAGUUAGGCUUCGAGGUUGUUGGUUAUGGCUGUAUGACCUGUAUUGGAAACAGCGGACCCCUUCCAGAGCCUGUGGUAGAGGCGAUAACUCAGGGUGAUUUAGUUGCCGCCGGUGUCCUCUCUGGAAACAGAAACUUCGAGGGGCGGGUCCAUCCCAACACACGAGGCAAUUACCUGGCAUCUCCUCCGCUGGUCAUUGCCUAUGCCAUUGCGGGCACAGUAAGGAUAGAUUUCGAAAAGGAGCCUUUAGCUGUGAACGCUGAUGGAAAGGAGAUUUUCUUGAGGGACAUCUGGCCCACGCGGGAGGAGAUCCAGGUGGUGGAGAAAAAGUUUGUCAUUCCAGGCAUGUUUAAGGAGGUCUAUGAGAAAGUGGAGAAAGUGAAUGAACGCUGGAACUCCCUGAAAGCCCCUUCAGACAAGCUGUACACCUGGGAUCCUAAUUCUACCUACAUAAAGUCUCCACCUUUCUUUGAUGGACUGACCAAGACACUCGAACCUCCAAAGUCCAUAACGAAUGCGUAUGUGCUGCUCAAUUUGGGAGAUUCUGUGACCACAGAUCACAUCUCACCUGCUGGAAACAUUGCACGUAACAGCGCUGCCGCACGCUACCUAACUGACCGCGGACUCACAGCGAGAGAGUUUAAUUCAUAUGGCUCUCGUCGAGGCAACGAUGCGGUCAUGGCACGAGGCACCUUCGCCAACAUCCGCCUCUUCAACAAGUUCCUAAACAAGCAGGCACCUUCCACCAUCUACCUACCUACAGAAGAAACAAUGGACGUGUUUGAUGCAGCAGAAAAAUAUCUGCAGGCUGGUCAUCCUCUUAUGAUCCUGGCAGGCAAGGAAUAUGGAUCCGGCAGCUCCAGGGACUGGGCGGCCAAAGGACCCUUCAUGCUAGGCAUCAAAGCUGUACUAGCAGAGAGUUAUGAGCGUAUUCAUCGUAGUAAUCUGGUGGGCAUGGGCAUCAUUCCUCUGGAGUACCUGCCGGGCGACACAGCGGAAAGUCUCGGGCUCACUGGCCGUGAGCGAUACACUGUGGUCAUUCCCUCACAGCUCACCCCCAGAAUGACCGUCGACAUUCAGCUGGACACAGGCAAAACAUUUCAAGCUAAGAUUAGGUUCGACACAGACGUGGAGCUCACUUACUUCCGUCACGGUGGCAUCCUCAACUACAUGAUUCGCACAAUGUCUGAAAAUUAAAAGAAAUAAAACUAGUUCAGCAAGUUACUCACGAAGUACAUAUCCACUGUAUACUUCGUUUGUCCUGUCUGACCUUUUUUUGUUCAAAAGAAUCCGUUUUGAUCGUGGUGUUUCGUGUCUGACUGUAUUGGUUCAGUGGGAUGGAUUGGGAAGUCUGAAGCAUUAGUUGUUGGCAGUGACAGGUUGAACCUUCACCAAUCUAACCCUACCUCAGCACUGCCAAACUGCAGUCCUAUAGCCUUGCUGAAACUGUUUGCCAUUUAGUCAACAUCAAUGUGUACCUAAUAAUAAUUGCAAUUAAGCUGAUUCUUUAUAAUUAGUUACGUUAUCUGUUAUUAAAAUGGUGCUGCAGAAAAUUCUGUUUGUCUGUUAUAAAAUAGUGAUUAUGAAAAAAGAAAAUGUUUUUUUUUUUUACUUCAAAAUGUUUCAAUGAUUGUUUCAUUAAUACUUUUUUUCCAUCAAGAAAAGUCAAAUAGUAGUUAAUUGUCAUUACCUAGAAUGAAAUGUGUUACCCAUUGCGAUGAAUUAUCUUUAAUGUUGAAUAACCUUUGAUAAAACGUUGCAGAUAUAAUACAAUUUCCAAUAUAAGUGCCUAUAUUUUCUCAGAUUCUGUGUAUACUACUGAAGAAGGUAUGCGUGCUCGUCAUUACAGGUUUUUUGCUUGUGUGUCCAUAAUACAGUUGCAUUCCUGUGCAUAGUGUAUUUUCUAGCAAAAUAAAACUAAAUUUAACUAAGGCUGAUUUCACACCUAUCCUACUGGAUGCCUGUAGUCUGAAGGAAUCGUGUGUGACUGAAGGAAUCGUGUGUGACUGCUGAUAUAAACAAAACGUGAGAUGCUUAACUGUACUUUGAAUAAACACAUGAUGAUUUCA